UUAAUCCAACCCACCUGUGGAGUAACUCCUCCGCUCCGCUCCCUUCGUCAAUCUUCCUACUUUUCUUUUCCUCUUCCACCUGUUUUGUCUUCAGGUAGUCGAGAUGGCUCAGUUCCUGAGAGGCAAGCAAGCUGGCAUUCAAAAGGACUUGUCUGAAGGCCUGUCGCCGGACUUGUUCGCCCUUGACGAUGUUGCUCGAUGUGGUAUAAACUCUCAGAUCAGCGCAAUCGCAUACGAUCCCGUCCAGUCCCUCCUCGCGGUCGGCACCAGUGAUACACAGUUCGGAAGUGGGCAGAUCUAUGUGUUCGGCCAACGACGGGUGUGCGUCGUCUUCACCCUGCCACGCAAGGCAUCCGCGAAAUUCCUUCAAUUUAGUGCCGACAAGCUUAUCAGCGUCGAUUCCAAGAAUGAAAUUUGCGUCUACUCCCUCGAGUCCAAGCAGAUGCUGGUCUCCUAUGCGCCUCCAAGCCAUGUGACUGCAUUGCUCACCGAUCCAAGCCUCGACUAUGCCUUUAUCGGUUUACAGAGUGGUGAUGUUAUCGCCUAUGAUCUCGACCGUGAGAAUUUGACGCCAUUCAAGAUCCCCAAUCUCUGGGCAGGAAGAAACCCGCGGGUGCGGCUUUUCCCUGUCGUCAGUCUCGCCUUUUCGCCUCGUGAUAUCGGAAAGGUCUUGGUUGGAUAUCCGGACGGUGCUGUCACUUUCACCUUCAAGCAAAACGUGGCCCAGAAAUACUUUGAAUAUGAAGUACCUCCCGGUGCAUUGGGCGGUAAUUCCGAUAUUCCGGUCAACGACGUGCGCAAACCCAAGUUAACCAGGGCCCUUUGGCAUCCCAAUGGUAUUUUCGUGUUGACAGUCCACGAAGACAGUAGUCUGGUCCUUUGGGACUCGAAGGAUGGUCGCAAGAUCAUGGCUAGGACGAUUCAAGCCGCUAAUGUUGACGAGCCAGGUGUCGUCUCGGACAGGCCGAUUUCCUCGGGUGGUGGCCUUGGCUUCAAGGAUCCUAUAACUCAACUGGCCUGGUGUGUGAAGGGCAACGGUGAUGAUACUGGUUUGUUGAUUGCUGGUGGUAACAUUGCAUCUGAAGGUAAGAAAGGCCUUACCUUCUUAGAUAUGGGAUCCACUCCCAAUUACCAAACGUCUUCUUGGCCAAUGCUUGCGAAGUAUUUUGAGAGCCCGAAGCAGAAAGUGGACAUCCCAACUCCGCCAGGUGCGGAGGUGGUCGAUUUCUGUCUCAUUCCGCGCUCCUCGCCUUACUACGGUGGUGCUCAUGACCCCAUUGCCCUCAUCGCCCUUCUUUCGUCGGGCGAAUUGAUUACCAUGAGCUUCCCCAGUGGCCAUGCAAUUACGCCUACGAAUAUGCUUCAUCCUCAUCUUUCUUUCGUCCACCCCUUUGUGAACAAAAUGAUUUUGACCCCAGUCGAUCGAUCGGCUUGGUUGGGUCUGAAGGAGAGGCGAUCACAAGGACCUAAGUUUUUGCUUGGCGGUGCUGAGGGCAAAAAGACUCUCAAGCGCUUUGAAAACCGUAACGUCCUCACAACCGCGCAUGCAGAUGGGACCAUUCGUCUCUGGGACGUCGGUCACGAUGAUGAAAUUGAGAACGCCGAGGUAAUCCAGGUCGAUUUAGCUCGCGCGGUGGGCCGCGUCAGUAAUGUAGAAGUCACCCAGCUAUCGAUGUCAGGGUCCACAGGCGAACUUUCUGUCGGCCUGAGGAGUGGAGAAGUCGUCGUCUUCAGAUGGGGAAACAACCGAAACUUUGGCCUUGAUGAGCGUGCGGGCCCCAAUGAAGGACCUGGGGCCAUGACCAACAUCACUCACAGAACCGAUCCUGGACUAAAACAGGGACUUCUUUCACUUACCCUUUUGGACAUGCAACAAGGACCAGUGACUGCCUUGAAGCAUAGUUUGGUGGGAUUCGUGGCUGCUGGGUUUGAAGGUGGUAGUCUGGCAAUCAUUGACUUGCGCGGUCCAGCAGUCAUCCACACAGCGCAGAUGUCUGAAUUACUCAAAGCAAACAAACGCAGUAGCUUUUUGAAGUCCCGCCAUACUGAAGAUUCUUCUCCAGAAUGGCCUACCAGCAUUGAGUUUGGGGUUAUGACUUUGGAGGGUGAAGAUUAUUCGAGCAUUUGCUGCUUUGUCGGCACUAACAGAGGUAAUCUGGCGACUUUUAAGAUCCUCCCCGCUAGUGAUGGAACCUACAUGGCUGCUUUUGCCGGUCAUUCUUCGCUUGAUGACAAGGUUAUCAAUAUCAUCCCUAUUGACUCAGAAGCCGGUAGUCCCGCUUUGGCCACCCCAAAUGUUGUCGCAGGCUUGCGAACUGGGCUAAAGGUUGAUGGUGUCGUCAUUGCGGUUACUGCCUCUGGCUGCAGGAUGUUCAAACCUGCGACCUCCAAGGGUGCUCAUAAAACCUGGGAUGAUUAUAUGUGUGAUUCUGCAGCUGUUGUGAAGACUGGAGGCCGUGGUUACAGCUUGGUUGGACUGUUCGGGGACGGGCGAACUCGAGCAUUCUCCAUCCCAGCUCUCAAGGAGAUUGGCAGCAGAAGCGUCGGUCACCUCAUUGAAAUGAGACGCUUUUCGGAAGCAGUCAUUUCCCCCACUGGAAGUGUUCUGGGUUGGGCAGGCCCAUCUGAAGUGGCACUGUUCAACGUUUGGGGAUCUGGUGCCACAUUGCGACCUUCUGAAGAUCAACUUUUCAAUGUGCAAGCAGUCCUUCCCCCACGGCCAACAAUCACCAAUGUCCAGUGGAUUUCCGGUACACAAUACGUGUCUCCUGCCGACAUGGAUAUUCUCAUCGGAGGACCUGAUCGGCCACCAUCUAAGCGAAUGCAAGAGCAGAUGCGUCUCGAUGAGCAAGAACGCCGCAGAGCUGCUCGAGAAGGGCGAUCUACAUAUAACCAACCUCCCGCCCAGGGGAACGAUGAGGGUUACUUGUCUUACAUGUCGCGUCAGGUCCAGGAACGUACAAACAACCUUUCCAUCACAGGCGACCACAUGGACAGGCUAGAAGAGAACAGCAGCAACUGGGCGAGAGACGUCAAUAAAUACGUUUCGAAUCAGAAGAAGAAGGCAGUUUUUGGAAGUAAGUCACCUUUACAUUUCCUUUGACAUUGAGUCAUACUGAUGAAAACUAUAGUGUUGGGAUCCAAGUUUGGGCUUUAAUUCUAUGUUUACGAUUAUGGUACUGUGGUAGAUUCUACAGUGCAAGAGAGGAAGGUAUUGGUCAUAAUAUUCUUAAAACAAUUCAUCUUUAGCUGCAUACCCAAGUUUUGUCAAUUCUGUUUACGUGCUAUCCAAAUGGACCACUGGUGGUUCAAUGGUUUGUGUCGUUUUCUGUUAUAUGAUGUUCAACCGAAGAAUGAAAUGUACUAUCUUUGAUCCUAGUUACUCUGAAUUAAUAUAGUUGUUCCAACU